CCGGCACGGGAAGAAGGCAUCUGCAGAAAUUUUACGCGAGGGGUCUGUGACCAUAUUGCUUCUCUGUCACAAUCUUUACAAUCUUUGUUAACGUUGUGGAGGUAGCCGUUUGGAAAGUCAAGUGGGGCGCGACGUGACGCGAAACGGCGCGAUGGCUGCGGUUGCGGACAGCAUCGUCGCGAACACCGAGAACCUCAGCCCUCAGGACUCCAGCACGCGCAAAUCAGAUCGGCCACGAAAGCUAACAGCGGAAGGAAUGGAGAACUUGUCCGGUAAUGUUGGGAUAGUGAUGCAAGCCCUGGUUCGCGAAGUACGCGAUGAAACAAUGAAACAAAUGGCGAAGGCGCAGCAGGAAACCGUGAAGGAAAUCACGACUUCUCACGAGAGAAUCAUCGAGACUCUGUGGAACGCUUGGAAAAAGGGGCAGCAGGCGCUCAAGCAAAUGAUUGAAGGCCAGGAGAAGGCCAUUGGGCAGCUACAACAAGAUAUUCAAGGCAUUCAGGCGCAAGCCGCACAGGAACGAAAGCUGAUGCAGGAACAGAUCGACGAGCUCUGUUGAGAUCCGUGGUUUUACGGAUCAAUGGCUGUUCCGAUCCAUUUGGUGGCUGGAUAUGAAUGUCCUCCUGUUAAAUAGAUUGUGCCAGGGCUGCCGUCAGAUCAAUCAAAUCAGAUUAGGACGUAAAUCUGAACUGAACUGAUAAUUUGCCCUCUACAUCUG